CUUUGCCUAGGUUUAACCAAACACGUGCAGUGUAAUUUCUUACCGAAUUUUGUGAGGCGCAUUUUGUUAUUCGCUGAAAAUGGGAAAACUGAAGCCGAGGUUAGCCAGCCGAAAAAAGGCGAAACGUUGGAAGAAAGGCCAAAGCUCGAGCUCGAAUCCGGAAACGAGAAAACACCGAGAGCAAGCUCGUUCGAGGUUUUUCCAGGAAAAUCUUGGAUCAGGUGCUCUUUCGUCCGAUUUGCUCAAAAAGCAUGAUGCUAUACAAGGAGUUAAGCCGGCUAUUGAAAAAAUUCAAGUAGACGGAGACGAGACGGAAAGUACCGUAGCAAGUACUUUUAAAACGUUUGAUACGUUCGCUAGCGAUUGGAGUAACUGUUCGAAUGUUUCAUUUAAUCGAUUUCUGGCUCACUUUGAAUCCAAGUCACUAAUCCAGAAGGAGAUGCUUGCUGUGCUGGCAGCGAUUACAGAUGUUAUUAAAGAAAAUGGAGGUACAGAAUCAUCGACGGAAUAUUACGCUGCAUUGAUGUCAACUCUGGAAUCUUCGGAAUCGGAGGAAUCUGUGAUUGCAAUACUUUCUCUUCUGGGUAUGGGAAUAAAGACAGUACCAAAGAAUGUUCUAAAACUGCAAUUUGAUCAAAGUAGUCAGACCUUAUUUCAAGUUCUCACAAAAUAUACAGCCUCUGAGAAUUUUCUUCUUUUAAAACACUGUAUCGGCUGCUUAUCUCUCCUCCUGAGAGUUCAAGAUGCUGCGGUCUGGUCUGAUGUCUCCACGAUGCACAUAUUGCAUGGGAUUUUGUCGUUUACUAUACAUAGUAAACCAAAAGUGCGUAAAGCUGCACAACAUGCCAUAUGUGCUCUACUGAAAGGCAGCGAUAUCAUGAAGAGUGAUAAUCCUCCACUAUACCAUCCAGCAGCACCUGAAGUUGCGAAGCACUGUUUAAAACAACUAGAAGUAGUCGGACAAGCUGGCGGCAUGACCACCAUUCUACAUGUUUUAACCUUACUCAAAGAUAUCUUUUAUCAACUUCCAAAGUCAUUCAUCAAGACUACCUGCGAGAGUCUAUUAAAACUCAUGACUAUGAAUAACGCUUUAGUGACGUCAUGUUGUUUGCAAGUCUUGCAUGGCUUGUUCGUUUCCAGGCCAGCAAAAGAAACUCUACUUCCAGAAUUAAAUGGGCAGAUUAUCAACGCGCUUUACGAUUACCAGCCAGCUCUUGGUGACGCACAGCCAACGUUGGCAUGGUUAGCCGUUAUGCAGGAAGCACAUUGCAACCUUGCGAUACACUCCUUGCACCUCUGUGCAGCGAAUGUCCCCAGGAUGAUAGAAAAAUGUACAGAGUUAUGGCUCGUAGACAAAAGAGAAAUACUUACUGGUGUUUCGCAUACUAUUAAAACACUCCUAGAAGUUUGUGUCGCACCUUUGUGUGAAACCCAGCAGUUGGCAAACAAAUACAAAGUGACGUUGAGCAAAACUAUUCAGUUGAUACAAGAAGGAAUGAAAUAUCAGUACAAUUCAGCUUGGCAUUACGUACUUCAUCUUAUUGCUGUUUUAUUCCAGAUUGCUGGAAAAGUCUGCAAAGAUGAGCUUUUGAAUAUUUUGGUAGGUUUGGCAGACUUACGGGACUCUCAUAGAUUUACGUAUAAUAGUGAAAUCGAAUAUGCUGUCGGAGCAGCUGUAAUGACUAUGGGUCCUCAAGUGGUUUUGGAAACAAUUCCUUUGCAGACAAACCCUGAUAGCAUAAAUUUGAAUCGAAGCUGGCUGUUGCCAGUUCUGAAAGAUUGUAUCAAACAAGCAUCGCUUUCUUACUUUAUCAACACUUUGUUGCCAUUAGCAGUAAUGUGCGAGAAAAAAUCAACUGGAUUAAUGGAAACUAACGAUGGAGUAGGAUCUCAUACAUAUGCUCUUUUAAUGUCUCAGAUUUGGGCUCUUCUACCAUGUUUCUGCAACGAUGCCGAUGACAUUAAAGACAGCUUCAAGAACAUCGCUAGAAUUUUAGGUUCCGCAAUUUCUGAGAAAAAAGAUUUAAGACUCUCCGUCAUGGCCUCGUUGAGGAAACUGAUUACGAGAUCGAAGGAAAAGAAUAAUACAGAAGAUAUAGCAGAGCUGUCUCGAUUUGCCAAGAACUAUUUGCCCUUACUUUUCAAUUUGUAUACAAUGAAACCAAAUGGAUCGGAUGAAGAAGGGCAACGCUUGGCAGCUUUUGACACGAUUAAGGUGUACCUGUCUAUCACGAAUAAGGCACUCGUGGGUGAAUUGUUCGAUAAUGCUUUGAUAAAAUUGAAGGACCCGGAAACCGAAACCUUCGUCAAGGAAAGCGUUUUCGAUUUAGUCAGAUUAUUGAUACAGUUUACGGACGAUUCGAAAUUGAAAGUACUUUACGAUUUCUGCACUCCUACUCUCAUGAACAUGAGGAAAGGAAAGGAGCAAAAGAAGUCUUACAGAUUUUUAGAGGAAAUGUGCGGAGCAGACGUUGAAACUUGCAAGAACUUCGUUAAUGAGAACUGUCAGGCAAUUCAAAAGGUUCUUCGUAAGUCUGCACCCUACGUAGCUACGAUCAGCAAAGGAGCUCGACUACGAUGCUUAAACCAUCUUAUAAGCAGUCAUCCAGAUCUGAAGAAAACAAAACUUUUUAAAGAAAUUUUACCGGAAGUUGUACUAUGUACAAAGGUAUUAAAUGAAAGGUGCAGAACUUCCGCUUUCCAGUUACUGAACACAAUGGCGGAAAUACUCCUGGAUGACGAGGAAUUAUUUAAGGAGUAUAUCGAUAUGUUAGCAGCAGGUCUCGGAGGCUCUCCUUCAUACUGUAGUGCUACGUUACUGGCUCUUGCUUCGAUCACAUAUAAGUACAAUGGUGCACUGGGUGUACAGACAAUUCAAGAAAUAGUGGAGAAAGUUUCUGGACUCUUGACAGUGCCUACGAGAGAAAUAGUCCUUUCGGCUCUGUCGUACAUUAAAGUUUAUCUUACAGUCAUACCACUGACAAUAGUAGCUCCAUCGUUGCCUUCGAUUAUGAAAGCCUUGAGUGGUAUGACCGAUGACUGUAAACGACACUUUAGGCAAAAAGUACGCGAUUUGUUGAUAAAACUAGUCAGAAAGUUUGGCAUCGAGGCUGUGACAAAUCUGAUACCAAGUAACGACGCAGUUAUGCACAAGAGAAUAAAGAACAUUCGAAAAGUACAGUCUAGAAAACAGAAGGCGAAGGAACAAAGGAAGUUGAACGAAGCAGGAAGUGAUAGCGAAGAAGAAUUUAAUGCAAAGAGGAGACCUAAAAGUAUGGAGGAAAUCUUGGCUGAUAGUGACGAAGAUUUUGAAAACGUGGAUGAGAGCGAACAAACGAAUCACAAGAAACGAACUAAUCGUAAGAAGACUUGGAUACGGGAAGGCGAGGACGAUAUAGUUGAUUUUGCUGAUCCUACUGCUAUCAAGAACAUAACUACUUCGCUGCCUGAAGUAUCAAAUACAACCGUUAAACAAAAAACAAAGACUAGUGAAUUUAAAGUAGCAAAGGAUGGUAGAUUAAUUAUCAAAGAUGACAGUGACGAUGAUAGCGAUACCCCAAAGAGGAUGAGGAAAAUGACGAUAGAUAAUGACUCCGAUGAGGACUCCGAAGGUGCAGAAUCAGUUGCACCAGGAAUGCCAUCGAAGAGGAAGCGAAAGCUUAGUGGAAGUACGGAGGCAAGCUCGCAGUCGAAUAUGAGAUAUCAAGCCGGUGGAUCUGGAAUCCACAGGCCUGUGAAAAAGAGCAAGGACGAGAAAGUUCCAGGAAGUGAGUACAGAUCGAAGAAAGCGAAGGGAGAUAUCAAGAAGAAAGGCAAGCCAGAUCCUUACGCGUAUCUGCCUCUUACGAGAUCUGUGUUAAACAGAAGGUUAGUCCAGUAUAAUUUUAAACAAUAUUGUUUAAGGUGUUACGAAAGUGUCAUAUAUAUGCACCAUAUUUUUACGUUUAUAUAUAUAAUAACCUUUUCAUAUCACCUUAACUAUUUAAUUUGUUACUUCUACUGAUUUUAUGAAUCAUUCCUUUCCAGGAAAAAAAUGAAAAAUGCCGGGAGGUUUAAAAAUAUCAUCUCGAAGGCCAAGAGUGGCGUGAGAAUAGCAAUGAAAAACAAAGGGAAACGUCGU